UUCGGCAUGGUGUUUACUGAAGAUUCUUGGUUGUAGUACAAUAUCCGUAAAUAAACUACACGGAAUGGGAAAAAACGUCUGCAUCAUUGGCUCAGGAAACUGGGGAUCCGCUAUAGCAAAAAUUGUUGGCAAAAAUGUGCGAGAAAGGAGUGAUUUAUUUAAUCCAUUGGUGCGGAUGUAUGUGUACGAAGAAAUUGUUGAUGGAGAAAAGUUAACUGAGGUCAUAAACACAAGACAUGAAAAUGUGAAGUACUUACCAGGUGUACAGCUGCCUGAUAAUGUGGUUGCUGUACCGAACCUGUUAGAGGCAAGUGAAAAUGGAGACAUCUACAUAUUUGUGCUACCUCAUCAGUUUGUGGCAAAUAUUUGUUCAACAAUGAAAGGCAACAUAAAGAAGGAUUCUAUUGCUGUGUCUCUCAUCAAGGGUGUAUCUAUAACAGAGAAUGGCAUAAAACUAAUAUCAGAUGUGAUCUCAGAUGAACUUGGUAUCCACUGUUCAGCGAUGAUGGGUGCAAACUUGGCAGGAGAAGUGGCUGAAGAACAAUUCUGUGAAUCGACGAUAGGAAGCACUAACGAAGAGAAUGGAAAGCUAUUGAAGAGGCUUUUUGAGACUCCUUAUUUUCACUGUAUGAUUGUGAAUGAUACAUGUACCGUUGAGAUCUGUGGAGCCUUGAAGAAUGUGGUGGCUAUUGGAGCAGGCAUCGUGGAUGGUAUGGGUUAUGGUGACAACACUAAAGCAGCUGUUAUACGCCUAGGACUUAUGGAGAUGAUCAAAUUUGCAGAAUUUUUCUCACCUGACUCCAAAACCUCAACAUUUUUUGAAAGCUGUGGUAUAGCAGAUUUAGUGGCAACCUGUCAUGGUGGCAGGAAUCGUUUGCUCGGAGAGAGUGUUGUCAAGUCUUCCAAGACUGUGAAGGAACUCGAAAAAGAACUGUUGCAUGGUCAGAGUUUCCAAGGCCCCCUGGUAGCCCGAGAGAUUUAUCACAUUUUAGAGACAAAACACAUGCUUGAUCAAUUUCCAUUGUUCAUGUCCAUACAUAAGAUCUGUGAGAGACUGAUGGACCCUAGCCAGUUUGUGUGCUGUUUACGAAAUCACCCAGAACACUUAUAGAUUAUACCUUCCUUCUUUUGUUAUAGUGGUGCAUAAUUAUAGAUUGUUACAUUUUUAUUUUUGUUAAGUAGCUUUAAUAACCUAAAAUGUUGUUAUCAGCCAAAAAAAUAAAUCUAUCUUAUCUUAUGUGAUAGUAGAUUGUUACAUUGUUAGCCAACCAUCAUCAGAUGGUAGGCUGUUCAAAUCGUCCUGCGUCUGUGAUCUGUCAACAAUUUUUGUUAUCACCAUUACUUGAGAAGAAUUGGAUGGAUACCCCUUGGUCCAAGGUUAUUCCCAUUUGAUUUUGGGUCUGAUCAGAAAAUCAAAAUGGCUGACUAGUGGCCAUCUUGGAUUUUGAUUUUGAAGCUACAGCUUGUGAGCUACAGAAUAGAACCUUCUCAAAUUUCAUGUUUGUCUUCCUCAUGGUCACUAGUUGUGCCUGUUUGAUUUUUGGACUGAUCAGAAAAAAACAUGAUGUUUUCCAGGUGACCAUCUUGGAUUUUGAAGUUACAGAUUUCUGUAAAGGAAUGUUAAAAUUUCUAAUCAUUUAGAGUAAAAAUAGAAAAGAGAAGAGAAAAGAAGGGAAAAAGAUCAAACAAUUGUGGAUGCCAAGACCCUCUGGGAUCUUGUUAUUUCUGUUACAUAGCACUACUAACCUGAAAUGUUGUUACCAACAAACAUAUUUAUAGAUUGUUAUAUUUUUUAUUUCUGUUACAUAGCUUUACUAACCUGAAGUGUUUUAACCAACCAGAAAAAUCCGUCAUCCUCCCUUUGUUAAUGAUCCUUCCGUUCGUGUGAUGUGUGAGUCUUUUUAGGUUAUGAAGGGUGGGGCUAAAUGGUUAGUAAGUGCAAAACAUACCACUUCUCUUCAGCAACUUUUGAGAGAUUUUUUGAUCUCCUGAGAAAAGUGAGCUUCUGGCAUACCUUAGCCUAUUUUUCUUACAAAUCACUACUAGUUAUAAAUUAUGAGCAGAUUUCGACCAAAUUUAUUCUGAAGCAUUCAUGGGGAAGAGGAAAAAAUUUUGUAUAAAUGGUGUGUCUCAAACCCCCAAAUGGGGAAAAUUAGUAGUCUUCAGAUCCAUGUUCUUCUUUAGGAAUGAUUGAAUUUUGUGCAUAUUUGGUCCGAAGCAUCCAGAGGUGAAGAGGGACAAGUUUUGUAUAAAUGGUGGAUCUCAAGCCCCUGAAAGAGGAAAAUUAGAAGUCUUUAAAUUCCUUCUUCUUCUGUAGGAUUAUUGAUUUUUGUGCCCAUUUAAAUCUGAAGCAUCCUAAGGUGAAGGGGAAUCAGUUUUGUAUAGAUGGGCGGGGCAUUUAAGAAAUGAAAUUACUGAAAGGCUUAACAUGUGGAUAAGAUAUGUAUAUAUAUAUAUAUAUAUAUAUUUGUAACUUUAGAUGGGAGAUAUCACUAGUGGCAUGCAGAACAAGACUAUCUACAGCCAAAUUUGUGUAAAAUGUAGUACUCACUAAAACUAUUUCAAGUCCCAAAACAAUGUUCCUUGUCUAACAUUGUGAUUGUAUGUUACAUAAGAUGUACAUGAGGUGCAUAUAACAUUUUAUGACUGCAAUGUAGUUUUCUAGUUUUUGUAGUGACAAAGAUUUUCAUCCUACAAACUGAAUAUCUCACUUUUACCAGGGAUUUCUUCAAGACAAUGCUGUGUGUAUACUUUUAUAACUUGUGCAAAGCAUGUGUGUUCUUUGAAGAGACCUAAGUUGCAUAACAUGCCCCAUUACCAAAGGAAUCUGACAUCCCCAAAUGUCAGAUACCUGUGUGCUGCUAUUACCGAAAUAUUAUUCAAGCACCAAAACCCAAUGUCAGGGGUACAUAGACAUUGCGUGCAUAUUAGAUGGACAGGUGAGCUAUGAAAAUUAUCAGUUUUGAAUCCUUAAUCAUUCAAAAGUGUCUGACCAAAAAGCAAUUUCAUUUUGCCAGUGACAACUCAUAGCAGUAUCAAUUUCAAACACUGUUACCUGUCCUUUGAUUGGCUGAUAAGAAGGCUCCAAUCUAGAUUAUUUCCUAGCCUGAAUAAUGUUUCAGUUAUUGCAUCACAAACACAAUAUUAUAUAUGCUAUAGAUAAUAUUUUUCACACCAAAUAAGUUGUUCAUGCAAUAGCAGAGAUACAUGAAAUUUAACAUCAGAAAUGAAUAUAUAACAGAUUAAACUUUUUCAAUACUCGUCA